AAGGCGUUAUGCAAUGUUUAUGUUUUGUGUACAAUGCUAUUUUUCCUAUACAACGAGGACAAGUAUAUGUAUAUAAAAAAGGAAGUACUUACUAAUUAUUAAAUAUGCUUUCCUUAAAUAAACACUUUUAUUAAUUUUGUAGGUAUGAUUUUAUUUGAAAAAACAAAUAUACUUAAGCUAUGAUUUUUGUGAAAACAUAUGUACUUUACUUAAAGCACUGGUUUCGAUAAAAAAAAAUCAUUCUAUAAAAUAAACUCACGGCUAAACUUUACAAACAUUGUAUUUUUUCCUACAUCAGCUCUUCCUUCAACUCUCCCACCUAAGAUGUUUUUGAUCAGUUCUUCGUAUCGUAGUCAAGUGUCAACGCACACGCAUAUUUUCUCUACUGUUAUGUUUUUUUUAUGGAAUACUCAGCAAACGAGCAGACGAGUCGCCUAGUGGGAAGUGGUCACAGUCGCCCAUGAACAUAAGAAAAAAAAAAGUAAAACUACUUCCUUCUGUCGGAACUGACCCUUCGUGUCUUUUUUUUGUGUUUAAUUUUAGGUUUUGGUUUUUAUAACUAACUUAGUUUGUUUUUGGAUCUCAAAUGGUCUGAAAUAAAUCUUUUUUUUUUUAUAAGCAACAUCGCUCUCAUUAGUAUGGACAAAAUCAGAACGUUGUUCUUGAAAUUUUUGGGAAUAUUAUGGUUUGGCUGCUUUGAGCCAAAUCUUAUGCGUUUGCCAAACUGUGCAAAACUUCCUACAAAUAAUAAUAACGGUAGUGUGGACACAGCCUUAAGAAACUCUUCCGCGCAUGCCCCACUAUAAACCAUUAUAAGGAGGACCCUUUAUUCUAAAAAGUUCCGGCUUGUUAUGCCCCGCGCCAUGACGAGAAUAGGUCUAUAUUAAAUGGUUUACGUUGCAACUUCACACUGUAACUGUAGCAUUUCAAAAAGUCGUAUGUUUAUAUUGGUUUCAUAAUAACAUACGACUAUUCGAAUGUGUGUGGCUUCGGCCGAAACUCACAAUGUAAUCGUUGCAAAUCAAAAAGUCAUAACUCUAUACUACUUGCAUAGUAACAUAAGACCUUAUCGAUCUGUCUAUCUGUCGUAAAGCUGCGGUUGAAAACAAGUGUGCGUAGCAUUUAGAAAGUCGUAUCUUUAUACAAUCUUCAUACUGACAUAGAACCUUUUAGUUUUAAGCCUAUUAGAGCUUCGGGAAAAGUCGGAAGUGUUCGGGAGACUUCGUCGGUCGAGUAAACGUUUUUCUAAUGUAUUCAGGGUUUACACUGUAAGUUUUGACAAGCUAUCAAAGUUUUUAGGUGCGGUUAGGUAUUCGAUAGGUAAAAUAAUAAUGGCGAUUUUUCAAUUUUAUAUUUUUUUUGAAGAAAAUAUUGGAAUAAAAAGAAGUAGGUUUAUUGUGUAGGUCACAACGCAACGCGAUGUUAUACAUAAAGUACAAAUGUUAGCGCCAUUGUGACGCUAGUCUUUACAAGCUACAAGGAGCAGAAUUCCUUGGAGCAAACCAGACUUAGGUCAUUAUGGUUCUAAAUUACAGCUAUGAAUGUUAUUGAAUUUGGCAUGAGUAUCAUACGACCAAGGCAGCACGCCAAAAACACAAUUUACGAGCAACAUUUCCUAGGAAAGCACCUUUGAUACCUAACUUAGAUAUGGCCAUUUGGGCAUGCGAAAGGGCAUAACAUAUUUUUCUAGCAAAUUUCAGUACAUACUAACUACAUAUGUAACCUUUGUAUUACUAUCGCUUGCCCCUGCCAUUCAUCGACUAAAAUUGUACAAAAACGCGCACAUGCGUGAGAAGAAACGUCAAAAUCUAAAAUGGUGGUCUAAUAAUACCUAAAGGAGAAACCCUGGUCUAGUUAUUAAAAAAAUAUAUACACUCGCACCUGUAGUGAGCCCCAUCGAUAGGGGUGUCAGCACCGCGUCUGCGCGGAGCGCCUGUCCGCCGCCCCGGACGCUUUGCACGUCUCUGCAACUAAAUUAUAUAUUUUUAAAUUUCAAAAAAGUAACGCGCGUCAAAAAUCGGUUCAGUGCCAGUGUUUUUGAAGUGUGAAGUGAUUGAAAUUUUGAAUUUGGAAUAUUAUUAUUUUUCGAAUGUUUCGAUUGUGUUUUAUUGUUAAAUAAUUAGUGGUUUUAGUGUGAUGUGAGGAUAAUUGUUACGUAAAAGCGUAGGAGUUAGCGCUGAGGGCGUGUCGCUUGUGAUGUCGGCAUGGAGGUGGUGCUCCCCCUGGCGGUGGUGUGCGUGCUGGCCGUGAGCGGCGCCCCCAACGCGACGCGCCGCCACCCGGCCCGGCCCGACCCGACCCGGCCCGACCUCGAGCCCGAGGACGAUGAGCACCACCUGGAUUAUUAUGAUGAGGAGCGAAUUAAUAUAUCAGAAAAGGGCAAGUACCUGGGAUCGCCGUGCGAGUUCACAUGCAACCCGGCGCUACUCCACGUGUUCUGCGACCCGACGUCAAAUUCCUGUCAAUGCGAUCCCAAGCACCCUGUCAAUCUUGGCGUCGCGCGCGGAUGCGCUAAAGCAAAAAAGCUCGGCGAGCAAUGCUUCUACCGGCAGACGUGUCGCGCCUUCGACCCCCACGCGUCAUGCGUCCAGGUCAACCACAACGCGUUCUGCCAGUGCGAUCCCGGGUACCACAGUACGACACACAGUCGGCCGACGCAGAGAGUGUUCUGCACUGAAGACCUCGUGUUGCUGACAGCGGAUAUGCCGACGCUGCUCGGCGUAGCGUCGGGCAUCUUCGUGCUGGGGGGAUUACUGUGCAUGGUGUUGCACCUUUACACACGCGCGCGUUACCACCCUGCGCACCUCGCCGACGCGCGGCUCACACCACCGUGUCUCUAUUCCCUCAACGACACGCAUACCGGCGGCACCCUAAGCGCGACCCGCGCGUCGUCGCGCGCGUCGUCCCGCUCGGGCGGCACGGGCGCCACGCUGGACUCGGGCUCGUCGCGCCGGGCGUCGCGGCGCGGCGUGCCGGUGUCGGCGUCCCGCGCAGGUUCCCGACGUCCAAGUAUAAGUUCAGUACAAAGCAGUUCAUCCUCAAUAAGGAGCUACAGCGCUAAACGUUGGGAGAAGGAGAGAGAACAGAAGGAGAGGCGACAGAUGAGCAUGCGUCUUGCUCAGUUGCAUGACAAAAUGAAUGCUGGGAGAGAGAUACCUAAACAUGCGCCUACUCCGUCUCCACGCUCUCCCAACAACUCCACGGAUGGACUGCUGCCAUCUGUAUGUGAAAUUAGAGAAUUCCAGCUAUCAACAAACCCCGAUCAACAAAUGCAAGGCGUCGAGAACCCAUGCUCGAGCUCGUCGCUUUACUGACAACAGCGUUCCAAAUCGGUGCGUCGAUCCCUCGACUCACUGUCAUCCGACGGGUCCCCAGCUUACGCAUGGAUGUAACACCGGCUAGAAAAAAAUUGAAACUGUCGAAAGUGAAAACGUGUAUAAUUUAGAACGCACCCGAGAGAAUGCAAAUUGUGAACGCGACCAAAUAUGAACGCAGUUUACAAUUCAGUAUGUUGGAAUGCACCCGAAAGGGAAUUUGAAUUCCAAAUUUAAAUUAGGAAUUGGUUUAUACUGGCUGAAAAGACUGCUAGUGUUUGUGGGAUCGUAACAGUGAAUUAGAAAGACAAAUUGAAUUUGUAAGGUUUUGACUUUUGAAUGCUUGGCUUUUAAGCUAAGUUAGUUAGUGUUGCUGUAUGUGAUGCUACAAGGAUGUGUUUUAUGUGUAAAAUGUACGUCGACAGAUAUCUAAAAUGUAAUCACUAUCACAUAUUAAAAUUGCUAUUACGAUAACAGAUUCAAUUCUGCUCUUUAAAAGAAGGGCUGAAAGUUUUUUGAAAUAAUUUAAUGUUCGGUGGCCUUAGAUAUAUCAAAUGAAGUAGUCCAUAAAGUAAAAAACAAUUGAAAAAAAAGAGUACUGGCGCAACCGGUAGAUUCUUUCAACUUGACCAUUUGUUUAGGGGUUUAAGUUUAUAAUACGUCUCUGCCAAUUCUGUAAUAAUAUGUAUCAUAUCAUUUGUGUCAUAAUAGCAAUUUUAAACGAAAUAUACCGCGUUUAUUUGUAAGCCGAUUAACGAAACCCAAUAUUUAAAACCAGAUUAAAUAUAAGGAGGAAUUAUGUUACAGAUGUUUCCUUUCUAUAAUGAGUAUCAGUAAAAAAAAAGAAUUUCGCUAUCUACUUUACACUAUCGUUAAUUACACUGGCAACACUGCUUAUCUGGUGUUAUAAAAAUACCUUAUAAUUAAAUUGAGUACCAACAGUAUAUCGCUACGGAAUCUAAAGUGUUCAGAAACUAAGUAACUCUUAUUACUAAUCAAAGUUUUCGAAAUGUAACAUCUGUAACUUUUUACAAUAGUUGUUAUAAGUACAUAGCUAUGUAAAUCGAAAACUAGAUAAAUAACAAAUCUGAAUAGUUCUCUUCUAAGUGCGAUGGGGAACUUGGGGUAACUUGGUACAGCUGGCUGAAAAUUGAUAUAAUUUUUUAUUUAACAAGGAUUUAGUCACUUUUUAAAUGGGUAUUUUUUUUUAAUUAUCAAUCGGUCUCAUCUAUAUCGUCUAAAAGAACGUCACUUUGUUUCGGUACGAGUACGAGUAUUAUCAACACUUACUUCUAGACAGCAAAAGAAAAAUCUAAAGUUUUUGAACUAUACUUUUUCCAAUACCUGAGCCCGAAGUGUAAAUUUAUUCGAUUUCGUGACGUGACGUACGCGUUUGCGUUAAGUCUCAUUUUGUAUGGGAUUUAGAAACAACGCGCCAAGCGGAACGUUUUGGAAACUCUAAAUCCCAUACAAAAUGAGACUUAACGCAAACGCGUACGUCACGUUACGCCAUCGAAUAAAUUUACACUAGGGGUACUGUUUUCUGUGUGGUAAAACAAUUCUCAUGUUUUACACUAUCUCUUUUCGUAUAAUGUUUUAUCAGUCGGUUCUCUAUCGCACUAACUUUUGUCCAUUCUAACUCAACAUAAUAAAAUAAUAGAACUUUUUCUAGUCUUAACUAGCUAGACUCAAUAGCACGAUAACUUAGAUUUAUCCAAAUGCCUUACCUCCGCCCGCUCUCGCAAAUAUAAUCUGGAAACUAUACCUACUCCGUUAUUUAACAAGCCUACAUUUUUACUUCAAUACUUUGUUACUCCAAUAAAUAUUCUAAAGCUAAAAAGAGAUGGUUAAUUGUGGAGACUGAUGAGACUUAUUAGGUUCCCCCUUAAUUAUAAUUUAAGUUACAUUGAAUCAAUAAUAAAUCUAAAAUAGCAGUUUUAACUCUACUACGAAUCCGAACGAUUGGUUCCCUUUAGGACAGUUAUUUUUCAUUAAUUGCCAAAUGUUUAUUGUUUUAUAAUUCCGGUGACUAUUUGGUCUUCUCUAUAAUUAAGUCUCCCCAGUUUGUGAGUCCAUUGUUCAUUGAACGGGUUAAUUAAAAGGUUUUUUUUAACUGAAUUUAUAUGUAUAGUUAUAUUUUUAUUGUCAAUUUGUUCUUAUAUAUUCGUUAGGGCAGGUAAAAGGCGGCUCCAAAUAUGACUUGGUAGUCGUGGUACUUUCAUGUACAGAUGUGCAAGUUGUGGAAAGUUUCCAAUAACUUGGAAAAGUCACAGGAAACAAAGGAAACUUUCAUUUUGGAAAUAGAAAAUUUCGAUUCCCGUACAACGAUACGAUAUGUUUCCAAAAAAGUUCCAUGUGGAUAUUUCGCAAUUUUGGAAACAUUUCGCCCAGCACAACAGUACUUUAAUGACUCCUUACCUACUUACCCCGCCCUUCCAAAAUUAUGUCAGUUUUAUUUAUGACAUAUAAUCCCCUUCUCUUACCCCUAUACCUGUAAAUAAUAAGUGAUCUAGAAACCUAAAUCUAGCCUAGACCCCACGAAUUUCGACUGUCAUCGGCUUAACAAAUCCAAUGUCAUGGCUUUAGUCAAAUCUCAAUUUAUAGCUUUGCCUAACUAUACGAUAAUUAUAAGUAAAUUAAAGUGCUUAUUCAGAAUGAUUUAUCAUGGAUUUCCUGGUGAAGUUGCUCAAUAGUUAAAGGCUGUUUUCACUUUUGUGCAAACAAUUACUUCUUGGGAAUUGAUGUGUAUUUUUCAUCGUAAGAAAACAGCCUAAAGGUGCAUCCACGCCGCAAUUAACUUUUUAAAGCAAUGCUGUGCAACCCGGUAACCUUAUAUAAUUUUUGUGGCUACCUACAGAGACCUGCACCUGAGGUACCAGUAACACUUGGAAACUUUGUUCUACAAAAUGUAACUGGGUAUAUGGAUGCACCUUUAGGAAAGUUAGCUUGAGACUAAAAACAUCUAACUCAUGGGCAGUGACUAUGCACCCUAUUCUAGAUAGUAACAUUUGGAAACUUGUCCAAAACUAUAGCAAAGAAGAUUCAAAGUCUUUUAAAUCAAAGCAAACGGGAAUGAAACGAAUAAAUCAUUUAGAGUAAGCAACUUUGCGAUCAGAAGAGUCCUAACACUAACCAAUGAGCUUAAAAGACUGAAUACGUGGCUAUAAAGUACCAAUAAUUAUAAUAGAUGCUGACAACGCCUCUGACCAUCUUAAAUCCUUCAGAAACUUGCAUACUUGUCUGUUGAGCUGACCUCUUUGACAGGGGUUUUUAUGCAUGUGCCGUCGGCAAGACGGCUACGCCUAAACGCAAAUAGAAAAAUGAAAAUGUAUUGGGAAGACAGAAAAAUGUGUUGGGAUGACAGAUACGAACGAAAAUCCAUGUGAUUUCCAUAAGGUAUAUUCUUUUGAACGCCAAGAACACCUAAAGUCGUGCCCAUGUGCCCAUAGCGCCAAGGACACCUAUAGGUGUUAUGGCGGACGCUGUCAAAAUAACCUUCACGCUUUUGAGUGAGGUUUACGUUAGCUCCCUUGCGCCCGGGAUCUUGGCGUCUGAGUGAUGUUUAUGUUUAUGACAUAAAGCGUUUAAAGGGUUAUGGUUUCGAUUUGCGUUUUCAAUUAGCUUUUCGUAGGUCUCCAGAGUAACUGUAAAGGUAUUUUAGGAGGUAAGAUGGUCUAGAGGCUCAAUGCUACCAACACAGCAAAUGGUGGAAGGAUUCUUCUGAUCGUUUCGAUGUAAACCUGGUUAAGGAUCGCGCGUGAGCUCUGGAGAUUUACGGAAUAAAAUAUAUUAAAUAACAGUUUUACGAAAGUGGAUGGAAGAAUUUCACGGAGCUGAUGCGCGGAGUAGUCAACAUACCUAACUGGGAGAAUGAUUUGAUGACUUAUUAAAUAUAACUUGGAUCAGUGGCGUAGCGUGAACUAAUCUAGCCGUUGGCGAAGUCACAUUUGCGAGGCCCUUUUUCUUUCAAUGUGUAUGCCCAAGGUAAUAAAAAGCUUUGGCUCGCGCGGGGCCCCCUUAAGUUCGAGGUAUGGGUGAGGGGCCGCUUCGUCCACGCCUAUAUAGUUACGCCACUGACUUGGACUAUACUUCAAUCCAAAAUUACGUAUUCUAAAAACUCGCCCCGUCAAACGUAUUCUUUUCAGCAUCUUUCUCGGAUGUACACCCAACUGCAAAAGUACAUGGCCAUUUUAUGAAUAAAUUAGAAUCAUAAGGUUUCCAUACAAUUUUGCAGCUAGUUGUACAAUUUGUUGACUGUAUUUUAUACACAAAAAAUAAUAAAUAUCCAGAGAGUAUGUCUAUUUGAUGGUCUGUCAAAUCAUUCCUCUAAAAUUACCUCAUUUCAAUCUAUAUCCGACUAAGAACUCACAUUCUCAGUUCUCACUCUGGAAAUUAGAAUGGCAUGAGGUAUUUGGUGUUGGUAAACAACACACAUGACUGUCCAUUAUACAAUGGAAUGAUAACAUUCAACACGUAUGUAUUUAUAGAAAAACCGAGAAUAACUCUUUAAAUUAUUGCCUCCAAUAUUUGGUAAUCUGAAGCACAUUUGAGUUGUGCGGGUUGUGCCACUCUUCUCGAUAAGCAACGAUAAAUAUUGAAAAAUCGAAUUAAUAAUUUAUUGUAUCAAUUCCUACAUCACUCAAGUACCUACUUUAAGAUUACAGCGGUAGCAGCAUGGUACCAUUUUUAUCACCUGUCACUAUGCCUGUCACUUUCGCGCUUACAUACUUGUUAGAACGUGACAGGUAUGGUGACAAAUGAUAAGGAGCCGACCAUCUUAGCCCUACAGAUGUACUUAUGUAUGCCUUUUUCUUAAACGAUCAUUAUCUUUAAACUCUUGAUACCUUUUUUAGUCUUGUGCUAAGGGUAACGUGGGUUAAAUCGGGUAACUGCAUAAAAACAGUCUAGUAAUUAAUGAAAUAAAAGAAGAAAGAAGGAUGUGAGAGAAAGAUAAAGAUAUUUGUAAAUAUAAUGGACUUUCAUGAAACCAAAUCUACAUGUGUUGAAAUUAUAAUUACCGCAGAAGAUAUGCAACAUAAUAAAUUCCUCCAUACUUAACUGUUUCUCAAAGAUUGAUGAAAAUUAAAAUAAAAUAUUAAAGAAUGUGUUUAGAAUGCGACGACACAACAAAUAUAACGAAAAUAAUGUUGAAUACUUUAAAUAAAUUGAGACAGUUCUUUAACCUUGUUUUGACGUUUAUAAAUAAAGCUUCACUAGAGUAAAAUGCCCUGUAGAUGGACUUCAACUUAAUUAGAUACCUAAAAACCUAUGUAUCAAAAGUACAAUUUAAGACGUCUAGUCUAUCAGGAUCUAGAAUUCUAGACUACCUGAAGUUAGUGUAUGAAUUGAUCAAAAAACUUAUAGCUAUAUAAAUGGCAUCAGACAGGCUCAAACCAAGCUCUCGUUUAAGCGCAUGUUACGCAAGCACUUUUUCGACAAGCUCUCUGGUUAAUUGUCCUUCGUAGUCAUAGUAUUUUUUGCACUGGGUACAUAAAUUAAUAUAUAUGUAUGUAUAUUUAAUUAUAGUAUAUUUAUGUAAGUUUAUUACCGUUAGUAUAUAUUAUUUAUCGCUAUUUUGCUUGUUUUAAGUUACUUAUUGUUUUUUUUAUUUUUGUUUAAUGCCUGCACGUACUACUGUAUCUGUUUAGCCUGAUGGUUGACUGGUAGAGAAUGCCUUUAGGCAUUAAGUUCGCCAUUUGUACUUCAUUUGUCAUAUUGUGCAAUAAAGUUUAAAUAAAUAAAUAAAUGGGCUUGUCAAGCCACCACUUUUAUUAUCCCUUGGAAUGGUAGGCCGUCCAUUCCCGACCGAUUAUGUCAUUUAAAUUUCAAAUUUGAUUCAUUGAAAUAAAAUCAAUAUUCCAAUAACUCAUGCCACUUAAAGAGUUAUAGGUAUUUUGAUCACUGUCUUAUAACACAAAGUCCCCUACCUAGUCUGUUUACUGAGCGAAUUUUCAUGCGGUUUUCACCUAUCAAUAGAGCGAUUCUUGAGGAAAUUUUAGGUGAGAAAGGUUAAGCCGGGGCAGGUCGCUAGUUAGUAAAUAAACUCAAAACAAACCAUUUUCAUAUCCAUUUACUGAAUGUUUUACCCUUCUGACGUCCUUAUCCUAUUUCUUAGGCCGGGGUCGUUUUCACCCGCCGCCCGCGGCCGACAGCGGCCCGCGUGGGGGACGCCGCACGCGGCGCCGUAAACGACCACUCCCGAGCAUUCCCGAACACACCAUUCAGACGACGCGGGCGGCGGGCCGCUGUCGGCCGCGGGCGGCGGGUAAAAACAAAAACGACCCCGGCCUAAAAUAAUCUGUCCCCACGUUUCUCAUAAUAUUAAUAAGCUUGUCGGCUACUAACUCCCGGAUUUAUUUUUAUAAUGUGGUAAAUAUAAAUAGCUUGUAGAUUGAGUCAUUGGACUUGUUGGUUGAAGAGAAUCUUUUAUAUUAUUUUUAUAUGAAACCGAUGUUCCCGGGUUCAAAUCCUGGUAAGGGCAUAUAUUCCUGUGAUGAGUACGGAUAUUUCCUGAGUCAUGGGUGUUUUCUAUGUAUAUAUCGUUGUCUAAAUACCCUCAAUACAAGCCUUAUUGAGCUUACUGUAGGACUUAGUCAAUUUGUGUCCUAUAAUAUUUAUUUAUUUAAUAUUUCCACUCCACUUACAGAAGGUCCGUAGAGCGAGCGCUUCCUUUCUGAAUGUUUGAGCGACCUAAGUACGUAUUAAAAUACGAAAGUUCUUGCCAUAACGGUCUUCCCAAUCAAACACUUUAUAGGCCGGUCUUCCCCACAUUGACCUUAUUUUAAUUGAUUCUAUUGUCGGCCUCGGCCUCGGCCUCCUGGCCUAGUCCAUAGUGAGUGUAGUGACCCUACCCACGAAGCAGGAGGUCCCGGGUUCCCAUCAGGCGGCUCCUCUGCUCGUUGGCUGUGUACAUUGUGGAAAAGGGGAACUUGGGGGUGAGAGUGACAUGUAAUAGUUAUUUACGAUACACGUGCGAAUAGGUAAUUCGCAACUCGUGUCGAUUUAAAACGAGAUUUUUAUGUAAAUUAUGUUCCAAUUUAUCUACUAAAUUGACAAUUCAUAAAACAGAUGAGUAGACGACAGUCGAAACAGUCUUACACGAUAUAUGAUAAUAUUUUUAUUUUUAUUAUAAUUAUUAUUAACCAACUAAUUUUCUAUAACUUUAAAAAAGUGAUUAUGUUACGUUACAAACAUUGAUUACUUAUUAUAAGAUUUAGGAACGUAAUACAAAUUCCAUACAAUUUUCUAAAAGUCCUAACUCUUCUAAUAUUUAAAAAAUCAAAAAAAACAAACGAAGUGGCACAACUAGCAAAAUAACAAGGUAAUUUUGUUAGGUAACUGAAAUCAAUUAAUAAUAGACAAAUUAGGGUCUUUAAUUGUUUCAAAAAAUUUGAAUUUUCACCCUUAUAGAAUUUUAUGAUGUUGCAAAUCUUCUGCAUAUAUAUGUAUAUUAAAUUAAUCUGUAAGUCGGUUUGCAUGAAAUGUGGCUUAGGCCAGGCCUUAUAGUUCAGGUACCCUGGACGUGCGAGCGAGAUAGAUAGUGUCAUGGACUCAUUUUGUACUCGUUACUGUAAUGUAUAUAGUUAUUAUAUUUAAGGAUAGGUAUUAUACAAUAGGAAAAUUAACUGGAGUUGAGAUUCGGUGGAGAUUUUUAUGUAAAUUAUGUUCCAAUUUAUCUACUAAAUUGACAAUUAAUAAAACAGAUGAGUAGACGACAGUCGAAACAGUCAAUAUUGUUAUUUAUAUUAUAAUUAUUGUAUCUCCUUGGAUUUCACGGGCCUAUAAAUCCCGGUCUUUUGAUAGGCUUGCGUGGGGAUAUAGAUCCAACACGUAGAGGCCCCUUGGAGAGCUUUAAUGUCAUGUAGAACGCCUGCUGGAACCCGUUCACAGGCGCAACAAUAGACACCCAUGAACCGGUCGCAGCAGGCAUUGGGACUAUUGUAGUAAAAAUGAACAGUAUAACGGUCUAUGGAUUGAAGUUUGGGAGGACAAUGAGACUGGGUUAUUGCAAAGACGUCCGGACACCUGCCAUAACAAUGUUUUCACUAGUUAUCGAGGCAGGCGGUGACUCGCCGCCCGCUAGAUGGGCCCCUGAAAAUGCCGUCGUGAAGACGACCAGGAGCAACACCGGUAUGAGCGGCUCAGGGGUGUCGAGAGGUGUACGCCGCUUUCUACCCAGUGGCUGAUAACAGCAACUGUGCCAACUCGCGUCUUAUGCAAGUUUUCACUUCCACCCCUGGAGCAUUUAGCUCUAACGACUCCUCUCUGGACGGCCAAUGAAGGCAAGCCAGAGCUGAGAGUCCUGCGGGUCUUUAUUAUCUUAUCUGUGGUCGUCCACGUAUUGGUACGUCAAGUUGUGCCAACCCUAAUAAUUGCUCGGAGCAAUGCUGAGCCGAACGGAGCCGAGAAUGCCCGAAAGGAGAAGUGUCGCUCCACUACUUUAAGUUAACCAAGGCUCGGAACCGGUUUAUAAAAUACCGGUAAAUACCGGUUUAUUUCGGUUUUCCUCCAAAAUUUUAUAAGAAAGCGAAUGCUUAAAUAACUUUAUUGUAUCUAAAAAACGGUUUAUUCGACGAGCGACGAAACGGCCGGCCGGCCUGGUGGUGUACCACGUAAAACAUACAUACCGACAUAGGAAGAAACCGGUUAAUUUAACAAGAACUGUUCUCAUAAAAACCGGUUUAAAAAUAACGGCUUUUCGAGCGAAACCGAAAUUAAAAGAUUUUGCGCCAAAUACAUGAUAACGGUUUGGAAAUUUAACAUUAUUUUUCAAUAUUUUUUGUCGAUACUAUAAAAAUCUCCAGUGAAUCUCAGUUCCAGCCAACGCUUGCUGAAAGAUUAAUUUAAUUCUAGUUAAUUGACUAAAGAAUCGAUUUACAUAUGUAAUCGUGAUAUUUUGUAGGAACAUUCGGAUGUCCCGUUGGUUUGUUAUAGCACAAAAUUAUGUAUGAAUAAAAUGUUUAAAUUAA